UCUGCCCUGUCUUGGCAUCGUCUGGCCAGGCCAUGGCUCAGGUGUCUGAUACCCGGGGACCGGAGUCACAUGCCAGGAAACCCAAUACUCUUGGGCCCCAGUCCCCAGCUUCCAGCAGCUCCGAGCAAGCAGGGCUUCUGGGGGAGGAAGCGAGUCUCCAGAGCGGAGCAGCAGGGAGGCUACUUCUGGGGAGAGGGCAGCCCAGGAGAAGGCUCUCCCACCUACAGGGUGCCAGCUGGCCCUCUGGGGCCUCCCUGGUCCACCUGGCAGCCACCCAGAUCCUACUCUAUUCCAGGGCUAUGCCAGUCUGUGGCCAUGCUCCCACCAUCCAGACACCUCCUGUCCCUGUUGCUGGUGAUGGGCACAGGGGGCACCAUGCCCAGCCCCCGGGUACCUCCCCAGGGCUGCUACGUGGCAGAGGAAGCUGGUGAGAGGACGUUCCGCUGCAGCCAGGCAGGCCUGAGUGCCGUGCCCCCUGGCAUCCCCAACGACACCCGCAAGCUCUACCUGGAUGCCAAUCGGCUGGCAUCAGUGCCAGCUGGUGCCUUCCAGCACCUGCCUUUUCUGGAGGAGCUGGAUCUGUCCCAUAAUGUCCUUGCCCACCUCUCAGGGGCUGCUUUCCAGGGUCUGGCAGGCGUGCUGCGGCAGCUCGACCUCUCUGCCAACCAGCUGGCUUCGGUGCCCGUGGAGGCCUUCCUGGGGCUGCAGGUCCAAGUGAACCUGUCUGCCAACCCGUGGCACUGCGACUGUGCCCUCCAGGAGGUUCUCCGACAGGUGAGGCUGGCACCGGGCACUGGCACGGGCAUCGUGUGUGGCCCGGGAGCCCGACCAGACCUCGUGGGCCAGGAGUUUCUGCCGCUGGCAGGGCAGGAAGAGCUGUGUGGGACAGGGCGGGGCGGGGCGCGGCGGAGCACAGACGCGGCUCUGCUGGUCACCAUGGGGGGCUGGCUGGCACUGGUGGUGGCCUAUCUGGUCCAUUAUGUGUGGCAGAAUCGGGACGAGAGCCGGCGUCCCCGAAAGAGGCCCCCCCUGCUGCCCGUGCAUUCCGAGGACUCCUCCACCCUCAGCACCAGGGUCUGAUGGCCAUGCCCACACUCUCCCCCCUGGUGCUCUCUCUCCUCCUCCGACCUCUCGGCCUCCUCUGAAGCCCCAGCCCACCCCACCCCCACCCCCUUCCUCCUCUGUCUCCCCUAAACUCCUGCCCUCUCUCAACCAACACUAUUACUGGUGCUCGGAGUAUUUGGGGUGCCUAUUUUUGGUGCCUACUUUGGGCGCACAUUGUGCAGGGCUCAGAGCUCCUGGGUCCACAGUAGUGGGGGCACAGAACAGAGGAGGUAGGUGGCUUGUGUGCCGACUUGGAAGUCGGAGCACAUGUGGGUGCAUCUGUGGGUGGGAGCCCCAGCCUGGCUGAGCUGAUCUUUAAGGCUUCACUGGACAGAUGUUUGAACUGACCCUUCAGGAGCGAGAAGGGCUUUGGGCAGAAGAGGGAGACCCUGGCUGAAAGGUGGUGGACAGAGGCAAAGAAGAUGCAAAACAACUUGGAGCGUCUGGGCGGCAGCAAGACCUUCCUUGGGGCUGAAAUGGAGGUGCUAAGAGGGACCAGGGGUGGUGGUGGGACCGAGCCCGCGAUGACAUCAGAAGGUUGGGAUGCAGUUAAAUCGAGAAGGUCCCAGGGGACUCCUCCUCUCUUCUCUGUCACCUCUACCAAGAAGCUCCCCCUCUCUCUUGGCCACAGGCGCCUCUCCCUAAGCCCUCUUUUGGGGGAACCCCCGCUUCCUUUUCCAGAGACUCUCCAUCUCUUUGCUCUCUCCUCUGCUUACUGAAGGGUUUCCUGAAUACUUUCCCUUGGGGGUAAAGGGGUCUC